GUCAAAGAGUUAUUGGUGAACCUGUAGUUUCUGGUUUGACCCUUGAUGAAUCAGGCCUUUGGGACUCCGACUUCACAACUGCUGCAAAAUAUGUUAUGAGUCCUCCAAUAAGGAAAACAGGACAUGACAAAGCCCUCCAGGAUGCACUUGCUACAGGAAUUUUGCAGCUUGUCGGAACUGAUCAUUGCACAUUCAACUCAACACAAAAGGCAUUUGGGUAUGGGGACUUUAGAAAAAUUCCGAAUGGCGUUAAUGGUAUAGAGGAAAGGAUGCAUCUUGUCUGGGAGACAAUGGUGGAGUCUGGGAAAAUAUCUGUAACAGAUUAUGUGCGUAUAACAAGCACUGAAUGUGCUAAAAUAUUCAACAUAUAUCCUAGAAAGGGAGCAAUUCUAGAAGGUUCUGAUGCUGAUAUAAUUGUACUCAAUCCUAAUGCAAGCUUCAGAAUAUCUGCUAUUUCUCACCAUUCUAGAUCUGAUACUAAUGUGUAUGAGGGGAAAACUGGGAAGGGCAAAGUGGAGGUGACAAUUUCAGGAGGAAGAGUGGUCUGGGAAGAGGGAAAUCUGAAGAUAACUUCAGGUUCCGGGAAGUACAUAAAAAUGCCACCUUUUAGUUAUCUAUUUGAUGGCAUUGACAAGGCAGAUGCUGCUUAUCUAGCUUCUCUUCGUUCUCCAGUUCAUAGAACUGCAGCAGCUUACUGA